GUGCGCUGCGCCGGCUGUGCCGCGAAGAGCUGCCACCAGAGGGCUGCACGUCGCCAGUCGCACGAGCGGGCUGCCCGGCGCACGCCUCCGCCGCGAGGCAGCCGCUGGCCAACGAACCCUUCAGCUAGGGAGCCAACACGCGGUCGUAGGCCAGCAUGCCCAAAGCAAGCGAGACGGGCGAGCUCCACCGCCACGCCUCGCAGCGGUCCUACGCUUUUCAUAACAACUUGCAUGCGAAUGCGCAGUCGAAGAGCGGACCGGUGCUGGCCAUCCUCGGCGCGGAGCCGCGGACGGCGCGGGCCCCGAAGCAGCACAAAGGGGAAGGCGUCGUCGCCCAGCUCGACCCGAAGCGGCCGCCGCAGCACUACUUCGCCGUCGUGACCCAGAGGUAUCUCACGCUGACGCCCCUAGCGCCCUCCAAAACCAUCGGAAGCACGGGCUACGCUCGAACAAGAGACACGGUCGUCGUCAAAGCCAAGAAAGCGCCCGAGAAGAAGCGCGUCCCCUUGGAGCCGUCGGCGUCGUGGCGGCCUGGGAGGAGGGGGACCAUCGCGACGCCGGGGACCGCCGCCGUGAUCGAUGAAAGGCUGGAGAAUGCUCUGGAAAAAAACGACGACGAGGAAAAAGAGGAGGAGGCGGAGGAGCUCGAGGGCUGGGAUUCAAAUAUGGUCAAUAGGAUUGACUUGGACGAAGUGCGGUCCAUCGAGGCGGUCCCGUUUUCGCUGCGGAUGGCGACGAUCGCCGAAGCAGCUGCAGAAGACGAGAAGAAGACGAAGAAGACGGACAAGAACUCCUUAGAUAGUUUUGAAUUUGCAGACGCCGAGCUGGAGGCCCACGCCGUGCACGUGUUGAUCGACGUGGAAGGUAGGAGACCGUUCGUCGUCCUCACGUAUCAAGAACAGUCGGACUUCAGCAACGAGUUGAUAGGCGCGCACCGGACCGCUCUCCGACGGAACGCCCUUGGUCUACGGCCGUCGAAAGUCGCAGAUCCUCGGGCAUUUGCCGCUGCUUACAAUCUAAGGACGACGCGGCGCGACGCGACGGAGGCCGACCUGGACCACGCCUUUUCCGUGAUCGACGAACUGGAGAAUGCGAUCUGCGACGAUAGCGACGACGACCACGUUUAUGACGAUGAGGCCGAAAGGGAGCACGACCUCCUCCAGAAAAGGAAGCAGGAUCAACGUUACAAAGAGUACGGGGAGAGGAUGGCCAAGAAUCCAAGCAUGCCCCUGCCAUUGAUAGUAGCAAGGCCGCCGAACGGCAGGCUCGAGAAGGUACGGAGGCUGGAAGACGACGGCUGUUACCGAGACGCCAGGUUGCUGCGCGAUGUGGAGGACGACCUCGCCACGGACGUGGCCCUCAAACGGGCCUUCUUCACGUCUGGGAGGUUAGCCGCGCGCAUUUUGGCCUGGGUCGAGCGGCUGUCGUCGGAUAUUGCCGCUUGCGCGGACCUCGAGGGGGCCUACUGCGCCGCCUACGACCUGGAUGACGACGACGACCAGGCUAAAAGAGUGAUACGGAAGGCCCAGACCGGUUUGGUGGUGCGAGCCGUGCAAGGUCUGAAGAUUCUCCGGGCGGCCCUGCACGACGCGCGGGGCGUCAAGGAGCGCUUCGGCAUCAUGCGUUUCCGGUUCUGGUCGCCGUCGCGAAUCGUCCAAGCUUUGGCGAGGGACCACUUCAACCACACGGAUCGCGUCCAGGAGAAAGAAGAUUUAAGACGCGCGAGGGAAGCGCGAGCGACUCGUAGGAAGCAGAUCGCCGCCGCGGGCUCCGAGAAAGCGGCCAAGGACCAUAGAAAAACUGCGCGCGAGGCCCUGCAACGAGCGCGAGAAACAUUCAUCCAGAAGCACCUGACGCACCACACGAGUACGCCAAGUACGCCCGGCGCGCCGGCGACGCCGCACGCCGCCGUCGCCGCCUUCUCCGCGGCGCUGUCGAAGCCCGCGCCUUCCCGAAAAGUUGUUUCGUACCGCUCGAUCACGGAAGAAAUGACUCCCGGCGAAACUUUUGCCGAUGCGGCGUAUCGACUAUCGCGGGGCUGCGAAACCACCCAGAAGCGCCAGGCCAUCCUGACGGCCGUCAAGGCGGCCUCGUCGACCAAGAAGCUUUCAGGUGGCAUCGCGUCCGCAGCAACCAGGUUGCUGGCGUCGCCUGUUAAAUCGAUAGACGACGACGACUCGAGCGUGUCGACGACGUCCACGGCGUCGUCGGCAUUGUUUAGGGCCGCCCAGUCGAUGCAGCAAGAUUCGCCGUCGGUCGCCUCUUCCAAGAGUAGAGCGGAGUCGUUCGGGGACCUCGUACCUCAAUCGUCAGACUCGUCCGUCUCGGUCCUGCAGCGGCCGGCGGCGGUCUUCGUGCACGACGACGGCGCGGCCACGGCCUUCGGGGACGUGCCGACGUUGCGAGGCGACGCGUUUCUCGCGACGGACGACGCGCUGCACUUCACGCGGUUGCUAGAUGCCCAGGUGGAUGUGCUCGUGGCUCUCGACGACGUCUGCGACGCGCGCAAGCGGGAGGGCGACGCCCAGGUCUGGAUCGCCGGGUUAAACGACGACGCGGACUCGAUGCCCCGCCCCAUGGAGGGCCGCUGGGUGGCCAUGGCGCUGGCGCCCGGGAACGACACGGUCCACGGCUCCCGUUUACUUUUGAGUGCAUUAUUCGAGCGGUGCGUCGCGCUGGGUCUGCGGCUGGCCAAGGCGCCGGAUCUGACUAUUACUAGGAAAAACUUCUUUCCCGACCAGUCCCAGGCGAUCGCCCUGUACGGCGCGGGCGACCAGUCGGCGCUCGCGUUAUUGAACCACUCUACAUUAUUAUUGGCGUUAUUGAGAGCGGGACACAUGGCCCGGGCGUGUGCCCACGAGUUUUGUCGAGACGAGGUCGACGACUUCCUGGCCAAGGACGAGUUUUACGAGCCGCUGGACGCGAACCGCAUCACGAGGCUAGCCGCGGCGAACCUGCGGGAGGCCGUGCGACUCGCGCGCGCGGCGGGCGACUCGGCGCAGGCCGCGCGCGACCGGCAGCUGUCCGGUGGGCGGGUAUAA